AUGGAAGCUGUGUGUACCAACCAGGGAGAGGCAGCGCGUCAUGGCCGAGAACCACGACAUGCCGACGGCAGGACACCUGGGAAGUCGGAAGACAAUGGCGAGGGAGGCAGCCAGGUACCACUGGCCAGGAAUGCACCGAGACGUCAGAAGGUACGUGCGGAACUGCGAGAGCUGCAUGAAAUACAAGUCCAACCAGCUGCAAGCAGCCGGAAAAAUGCUGACACAGGCGCGGACUUUGUGGGCCCCUUGCACGGGAAUUCGAUGCUCCUGGUCCUGGUGGAUCGGUUCUCCAAGUGGACCGAGAUCGUUCCAUUGCGUAGGGCGACCACCGAGACGCUACGAAAGGCCGUGCGAGAGCGGAUAGUGGCCAGGUACGGAGUGCCAAAAAUCAUGAUCACGGACAACGGAGUCCAAUUCACGAGCAGGGCGUUCAAGAGGUUCUUGGAGGAGCUGGGUGUAAAACACCAGCUCACGGCUCCAUAUACUCCGCAAGAAAACCCGACGGAAACCACCGGAUACUCACCGGCAUUUAUAACGCAGGGAAGAGAACCGAGGCUGCCAAAUACGUUGUUCGACGAACAGACGGCCGGAACGGGCAGAUGUCCACAGACGCCGGUAGAAAACGCGGAAAAACUCAAGGAGAUCUUCGAACUGGUGCGGAGAAACAUAGAAAAGGCAGUGCAGGAUCAGGCACGCCACUAUAAUCUCCGAAGGAGGCCGUGGAAACCCAAGGUCGGAGAAACUGUGUGGGCCAAAGAGCACCACCUGUCAAAAGCCGCGGAGGGCUUCGCGGCAAAGCUGGCACCAAGGUUCGACGGGCCUUUCAAAAUAAAGAAAUUCACGUCACCGGUAAUUUGUAUAGUGGAACACGCAACAACGAGGAAAACAAAAACGGCUCAUAUUAGCGACUUGAAGCCGGGAAGCGCGGGCGCCGGCCGUCCAGAGGACAACGAGAGCGACAAUCAACAAUAA